GGAGCACAGGGGAAGACUGCGUCUGUGAAAGUCACUGGGACGCGGCGAAGGGGAAGAAACAGCAUCAGGCGUGUGUGUGUUUGCAGGAAUGGACGUGGAGCAGGCAUUCUUUCGGCAGGCUGACGUGCAGGACCACGCUCACUACAUCGUUGCCUUCUUCGUGGUGGUGAUCGGAACAGUGGGUGUGACUGGGAACGCAUUGGUCAUGUACGCCUUUUACUGCAACAAAAAGCUACGGACCCGCCCCAACUACUUCAUCAUGAACCUGGCGGUCAGUGACUUCCUGAUGGCCAGCACACAGUCGCCCAUCUUCUUUGUUAACUCACUGUACAAGGGCUGGAUUUUUGGUGAAACAGGGUGUAAGAUGUACGCCUUCUGUGGAGCGUUGUUUGGCAUCACCUCCAUGAUAAACCUCCUGGCCAUCUCUUUAGACCGCUACAUAGUCAUCACCAAGCCGCUGCAGGCCAUUCAGUGGACGUCUAAGAGGCGCACUUGCCUUGUUAUUGCCCUCGUCUGGUUGUACUCACUAGCCUGGAGCCUCGCGCCGCUGGUCGGGUGGAGUUCAUAUAUACCUGAAGGCCUGAUGACUUCCUGUACGUGGGACUAUGUGACGUCAACUCCUGCCAAUAAAAGUUAUACUUUGAUGUUGUGCUGCUUUGUCUUCUUCAUCCCUCUGGGAAUCAUAUCCUACUGUUACCUGUGCAUGUUCCUGGCAAUCCGCCACGCAAGCAGAGAUGUGGAGAGGUUUGGGUCUCAGAUGAGGAAGUCCACCCUGAUCCAGCAGCAGUCCAUCAAGAAUGAAUGGAAACUGGCCAAGAUCGCCUUUGUGGUCAUUAUCGUGUUUGUGCUGUCCUGGUCGCCCUAUGCAUGUGUCACCCUCAUCGCCUGGGCUGGAUAUGGAAGCGUCCUUAAUCCCUAUUCCAAAGCUGUCCCAGCUGUUAUAGCCAAGGCAUCAGCCAUCUACAACCCUUUUAUCUACGCCAUGAUUCACUCCAAAUACAGGGACACUUUAGCAGAAAAGGUUCCAUGUCUACACUUCUUAGCCCAGGCCCCCAGGAGGGACUGCAUAGCAGUGUCACAUAGCCAGUCCUCCUUCACCGACUCAAUGCUGAGCAGAACCUCAUCAGUCUCCAAAAACAAGUUUUACAGAAUUUCCUCGAUGUCUACAACGGACACGCAGGUCUGGAGUGAUGUUGAGCUGAGUCCUCUCGACCAGAGUCACUGCCUGAAGACCAGCUACUCCCACGGAGAACUGACAAACAAAGAUUCCAAGUCAGUGGUUAAGCAGAGCAGGGAAAAGGAAAGCCACAGACAGGACCAGGUAAGACUUCCGUCCUGGAGCAAAGCUCCAUGUACAGAUGUAACCACAAGCUAUCAUCUGAGUCUGUCAACACAGUAAUGUCCUUGGUUGUGGAGAGAAUAAACUGGAACAAAGACGAGAAACAAGAAGAUGAGGAGGAGAAAGAGCAUGAAUGGGAACAAGAAGAGACCAAGCAAGUACAAAAAAAAUGAAGCAAAGCCUCAUCAAGGCAAACUCUCUGGACACUCCUAUCACCACCUAUCAUCAUUAGAUAAAGUCCAGUAAAGCCUCCUGGGCCGCGGCUUUGAUAGGAACAAAGACACACGUUGAACAGGCAGACAACUACUGGCUCUAUUCACAGCUUCUGAACAACCAUCCCAGCAGUUAUGUACAGUACGUUAGCAGUUAGCAGAAGGCAAAUGACCAGCAGUUAAUGGGAACUUAGAAUGAGCAUGAGAAGAAUGGCUCCUGCCAUGUAGGAUGUAAAGUACUGUAGUGUGUGUGUCUUCAUUUACAAAUAUCACUGUUACAGUAAAACCAAAGUGUGUAUAUUAGGAAUUUAGCAGGACACAUCAAAACACUGUGAAAGCUUGAAUGCUUCGUCCACUACUAUGAUAUACUGUUUAACCUACUGUACUGAUGCACACUUUCACCUUCGCUAUGAAACCAAAACUUGUUAAAUACUAAUGAGACAAUUUUCUGUUUUUAUUAAAUAUUAAGGGACUUUGUCUACCAAAUACCACAGGUUUCAUCUGAACACUACUUGAACUUUGUAGUAGCUUUAUUCUUAUUGUACCUAUUAUCCUAAAUAUAAUACAGUUAUUUUUAUUGUUGUGACCAAACUUUGGAAAGCAGUGUGUUUAAUAAGAAUGUGUACUUACUUACAGUAGAUGCAACGCUACAUUUGUGUGUAUAUGGAUGUUUUUGUUGCAUACUGGAAUAUGACGUAUGAAAACAAUUAAUAUUAUUUAUUUUA